CCCUUUUCCUCUAACACAGAAGUGACAGAACCUUCACAUAAAGUAUCUAUUAAUCCCCCAAAAGGGUGAAAACAAAUCAAAAGAAAAAAAAAUAUAUGUUUAUCACUGUCUCUCACUCUUUCAAGCUCCAACCUCCCUUUUUUUUUCUUCCUUUAACACCGUUUUUUCUCUUCAAUCAUUCUGCUAAAAGGAGGAGACUUGAGCACAGAACAUAAGCAUAGAAUAAAGUGUGCAAGGGCAACUGCUUUUCCAAGCUGAGAAACAAACAACACAACAAGGGUGUUGUUUAGUAUUAUUAUUCAUUGUCUGUUGUCAUGAGCUUCCACAAGCUCAUAAUGUGGAAUGUGCCACUACUCUUGGUGGUGGUGGUGUUUGCAUGCUCACUGAUUGGUCAUGCUUCAGCUUCUGUGUCCUAUGACCAUAAGGCUAUCACCAUCAAUGGACAAAGAAGGAUACUCCUUUCUGGCUCCAUUCACUAUCCCAGAAGCACCCCUGAGAUGUGGCCAGAUCUUAUUCAGAAGGCAAAGGAAGGAGGUUUGGAUGUCAUUCAAACUUAUGUUUUCUGGAAUGGACAUGAACCUUCACCUGGCAAAUAUUAUUUUGGGGGAAACUAUGAUCUGGUGAGGUUCAUAAAGCUGGUGCAGCAAGCAGGCCUCUAUGUUAACCUCAGAAUUGGUCCUUACGUUUGUGCUGAAUGGAACUUUGGAGGUUUCCCUGUUUGGCUCAAGUACAUUCUAGGUAUCAGCUUCAGAACAGACAAUGGACCGUUUAAGUUUCAAAUGGAAAAGUUUACCAAGAAGAUUGUGGAUAUGAUGAAAGCAGAAAGGUUAUUCGAGUCUCAGGGCGGUCCAAUAAUUCUGUCCCAGAUUGAAAAUGAAUAUGGGCCUAUGGAGUAUGAAAUUGGUGCUCCUGGUAGAGCCUACACUCAAUGGGCAGCACAUAUGGCUGUAGGACUUGGCACUGGGGUUCCAUGGAUCAUGUGCAAGCAAGAAGAUGCUCCUGAUCCUAUCAUUAACACUUGCAAUGGUUUCUAUUGUGAUUAUUUCUCUCCAAAUAAGGCUUACAAACCAAAGAUGUGGACAGAAGCUUGGACUGGCUGGUUUACUGAGUUUGGAGGUGCAGUUCCUCACAGACCUGCUGAGGAUUUGGCAUUUUCAAUUGCAAGGUUUAUACAGAAAGGGGGAUCAUUUGUCAAUUAUUAUAUGUAUCAUGGGGGAACAAAUUUUGGUCGAACUGCUGGUGGUCCCUUUAUUGCUACGAGCUAUGAUUACGAUGCGCCUCUUGAUGAAUAUGGAUUGCCCAGACAGCCAAAGUGGGGUCAUCUGAAGGAUUUACAUAGAGCAAUAAAACUCUGUGAACCUGCUUUAGUAUCUGGAGAUCCUACUGUACAACAGCUUGGAAACUACGAAGAGGCUCAUGUUUUUAGAUCAAAGUCUGGGGCUUGUGCUGCAUUCCUUGCGAACUAUAACCCACAAUCUUAUGCAACAGUGGCAUUUGGAAAUCAGCGUUACAACUUGCCUCCUUGGUCUAUAAGCAUUCUUCCUAACUGCAAGCACACUGUUUAUAACACUGCAAGGGUUGGUUCUCAGAGCACAACAAUGAAGAUGACUCGUGUUCCUAUUCAUGGAGGACUAUCUUGGAAAGCAUUUAAUGAAGAGACAACCACUACUGAUGAUAGUUCGUUCACUGUGACUGGCCUGUUGGAGCAGAUAAAUGCAACCAGAGAUUUAUCUGAUUACUUGUGGUACUCCACAGAUGUUGUGAUCAAUUCCAAUGAAGGAUUUUUGAGGAAUGGAAAGAAUCCUGUUCUUACAGUUUUGUCUGCUGGGCAUGCUUUGCAUGUUUUUAUCAACAAUCAGCUGUCAGGAACUGCAUAUGGAAGCUUAGAGGCCCCCAAACUAACCUUUAGUGAAAGUGUGAGGCUCAGAGCUGGUGUUAACAAAAUUUCUCUUCUAAGUGUUGCAGUUGGGCUUCCGAAUGUUGGGCCACAUUUUGAAAGAUGGAAUGCUGGUGUUCUUGGCCCAAUUACAUUAAGUGGUCUCAAUGAGGGGAGAAGGGACUUAACUUGGCAGAAGUGGUCAUACAAGGUUGGUCUUAAAGGUGAAGCCUUGAAUCUUCAUUCUCUUAGUGGAAGUUCCUCUGUUGAGUGGCUUCAGGGCUUUUUAGUUUCCAGAAGACAGCCAUUGACUUGGUACAAAACUACCUUUGAUGCCCCAGCUGGAGUUGCACCAUUGGCUUUAGACAUGGGCAGCAUGGGCAAAGGUCAAGUGUGGAUAAAUGGACAAAGUCUGGGCCGCUAUUGGCCUGCUUACAAAGCAUCCGGUUCUUGUGGUUACUGUAACUAUGCUGGAACUUACAACGAGAAGAAAUGUGGAAGUAACUGUGGCCAGGCUUCUCAAAGAUGGUAUCAUGUUCCUCACUCAUGGCUGAAGCCAACUGGAAAUUUAUUGGUUGUGUUUGAGGAAUUGGGUGGGGAUCCGAACGGGAUCUUUUUGGUUAGAAGGGAUAUAGAUAGUGUAUGUGCUGAUAUCUAUGAGUGGCAACCAAAUCUUGUAAGUUAUGACAUGCAAGCUUCUGGCAAAGUCAGAAGUCCUGUGAGACCAAAAGCACAUUUGUCAUGUGGCCCUGGACAAAAAAUCUCAUCAAUCAAGUUUGCUAGCUUUGGCACUCCAGUAGGGUCUUGUGGAAACUACCGCGAAGGAAGUUGUCAUGCUCACAAGUCAUAUGAUGCUUUCCAAAAGAAUUGUGUUGGCCAGAGCUGGUGCACAGUGACAGUGUCUCCUGAAAUUUUUGGAGGAGAUCCUUGUCCAAGUGUCAUGAAGAAACUCUCAGUGGAAGCCAUUUGCACCUGAUCAUUUUCAAUCUCCGAAAAUAAGUGGAAUAAAGUUUCCAUAUUGAUUUAUUCUGCAAUUGAAUACAUGGUCUUUGGGUCAAAGUUUACACCUGUAGACCACCAGAGGCAUUAAUUUGGCUUUACCAAGGUGAAGUUGCAAAUGAACACAACACACCAUGUGGUUGAAAGCCUGCUGGGAUGAUUGUGGAUUUGUGUGUAUAUAUAUUGGUGUUGUGCUUGUUAUACUGAGGUGGAGGAGGAUGAAAAGAUACCUGAUGCACAUUGAGACGACAUCGAUUGAGUCCAUGUGCAAAUUGGUUUUUGUUUGUGUGGAAGUCUCUAGCUUCCUGUGAUGUAAUGUUAUAAUAUUACCUUGUAGUAGUUGUAAGGAGAAAGCAAUUUAGUGCUUUUUUAUUAUAAGAAAACAACCCAAUGUAAUAACAUCUGGUAUAUUGAUUCAAUCAUGUUUUGCUUUUACUUC